ACUACCAGCCAUGGACCUGCACCGCCUCAUUUUGACUUUUGCAUCCGUCUGUUGGGUGUCUGCUGAUAUCUCAUGCAACUCUACAGACCGAGCUAGAGCUUAUGUUGCACUUUUUAAACACCUUGACCUGUCCAAUAACAACAGUCUGACUAAGAACAUGCGGCCCGUUGAUGAAUAUAAUGGUUAUACCUGGGUUUCAAUAGAUCUCGGUGUGACCGCCAUCACAGAUGUGAAUGAAAAUGCCCAGAUCAUUACAACACAAGUUCAAGUUGAGACUGCGUGGAUAAACAAAAAUAUACAUUGGGAUCACCGAAACUAUUGUGACAUUUAUACAAUUACAACUCUCAAAGAUGGGUUUUGGGCUCCCGACAUUGUUGUUCUCGAAAGGUAA